AUGAAGACGACUCUCGUUCUUUCCUCAUUGCUGGCUUCCGCCUUCGCCGCCACCAUCCCGGCGGAUGCGCACCAGCAGAUGCAGCGCCGUGUCGCUGAUCCCCAGCCAGUCUGCGAUUUCGACUCCAAGUUGAGCUUCAACGACGCCAACGACAAUGUCUCCCCUGCUUUCAAGCGUGAUCUGAGCAUGACCACCUGGUCCCCGCCGUCCAACAUGGUCAAGCCCCUCAAAGAAGUAUGGGACCACGAAGUCGCUACGUACAGUGACAUGAAGUUUGCGAACUUCGGAUACGACCAGAUCAUGGCCACCAAGGGCAAGAUGAACUACUGCGUGCGAUGGGAGGGCACUACCAAAGUUACUGCGGCGCAACGCACGCAGGUCGAGGCCGCCGUUCGUAAGCAGUUCAACAAGUGGAUUGCGGUUCUUGCGGGCUUCGACAAGUUCCCGUACAAGACUGUGGAUGUCAAUGUCGUUGGAUGGGCAGUCAAGGACAAGUCCAUCCUGCAGGGAGACGUUAGCAAGAUUGAUGUGUACACUGAUGUCGACGAAGGUGGCAUCCCUCAAUGCGCCGAGGCUUGCGGAAGAUUUUUCAAACAGAAUAAUGACUACAGUGGCUGCAAGGCAGGCGCUGCUCGCCAUUACGACGAGUCUCUCUGGCUCACUCCCGGCUUCGAGGGCGGCGCGGGCGGCGACUGGGGUCAGCGUAUCGGUCAAGAGUAUUUCAUGAGCAAUCUGAAUACAGAAGACAUACACAUACUACUCCACGAGAUGGGCCACACCUUUGCUCUGGACGACUUUUACGACUGGACCCCGACGGGCAUGACGAACUUCAUCAUGCUUGCUGGUAGCGCGUUGAAGAUCACCGAGUUCGAUGCUUGGAUGGCGAGGGACUGGUGGAGGAACAUCAAGUCCAGGUACGGCUUGUAAGCUGUUGACCUUGCAGUCGGCCGGUGAUGAUGUUGUAAAUAUGAGGUCUUCUUUUCUUGUACAUUCGAUGGGUUUUGUGGACGAAAGAUGGCUUGAUUCUAGUUGGUAGCAAAGAACUCAUAACAUGAGGUGGCAG